AUGGCUCCAAUGGUUUUUCAGCGUGCCGAAGCUAUCGAUGCCUCGACAAUCCCAACCUCGGUUCUCGCGGGAAUUGGAGCUCUCCCUCCCCCACCAGGAGUGACUCCGAACUUUGCAGACCCGGAUUCUAUACAACCUGUUAUUUGGGGAUUCUGUGCUUUUGGUUUCUUCACCAUAGCAAUAUGUAUCAUGAUGAGGUUAUGGGUGAUCUUCAGAUUAUCACAUCCUAUAAAUUGGGCUUGGAGCGAUGUUUGCUUCACGUUUGCUGUUCUUGCUACCAUCGUUACCUUUGUCGAAAUAUUAAUUGGGGCGAGCGGUUUUGGACAAACCGGUAUUCACUCGUGGGAUGCCUCACUAGAUAAAGUUUUAUCUUUGCGCUCUCGCACUUCGAUAGCUUUGAACAUAAUAAUGCCUCCUCUGUCCAUUUGCUUAAUCAAAAUCACCAUUUUCUUAAUGUAUCUGGAAAUUUUCGCCAUCAUGAAAGUAAUCAGGAUAUUAUGUUAUGUUGGUAUGGGAGUAACCACAAUUUUCUACUUUAUUGUUAUCGUCACCGGCGGUGUUUGGGCAUUCCCACUUUCAAUCUAUUUCGUUGCAGAUAAUGCCAUCAGAGCGCAAGCUCUCAAUCUACCAAAAGGCAUCUUUGGUCUAGUCACUGACGUCUAUCUAUUCCUUGUACCGAUGGUAGCAGUCAGUAGACUGGAAAUGAUGACUAUGCGGAAAAAACUGGGCAUAUUACUGGUUUUUAGUACUGGUUUCUUAGCUGUUCUUUCCGCAGCCAUAAACAUAUACUGGCGUGUGUAUAUUAAUACUCAUGCCGACCAUUUGUGGUACGCAACAGCUAUAAAUGUAGUUACCAUCACCGAACACGCCAUUGGACUUAUCAUUGCAGAUACUCCACAUUUCGCAAGAUUUUUCCGGAGAUACAGGUCAAGAAUUGGAUUCUAUUUAUGUUGUAGAUGUGCAAAAAAGGGAAAGGAAUCACAGGCCUCCAAGGGGUUUGCGAAGGAAAGUUUGGGGUCUACAGAGAACAAUGCGAAGCAAGAGAGCAAAUCUAAAAAGUUAUAUCCGGGUCUUGAUGUUACAACAGUAGGAAGAACCCUGAGAGGAACCGUGGACAACAAAGCAGAUGAGGAGGCUCAAACUGAACAGGUUUCAACAGAGCAUCAUCCUACAGCGCAAGAACUAGCAGACACUCAUUGA